GUAAUGCAAAUCAAGAUCCAGAAGGGUAAAAAAGAUAAAAUUUGUUGAAUUUUUUAUACUCGUGUGCUCAAUUUCAUAGCGCAUUAGUUUGUUUGAUUGCUCGUUAGUUUCGUUCUCAACAAGGGGUGUAGCUUGAAGAAGCAACUAUAGCAGCUUUAGAGACUUAUCUCUUGGAUUUAACGCCGACGAAAACGUUCUCCGGGUUCCACUGAAUCUGUGUGAAUGGAGGUCAAACCGGUAGUGGCGGUGGUGACACAAAAGCUGGCGGACACGUUGAGUGAAGACUCGAUAGCAGAUAACAAAGUGAUGAUACAUCAACUGAAGGGUGUCCAGAGGUCUCUUUUGAAGCUGAAAAGCUUCUCAAAUCAAAGGGAUGUUUAUGGGUCCCAGAAAUCAAAGGACCAUCUUCGUGUUCUUUAUCAGGUUGAAGAUGAAAUCGAAAAGUUCACCUUCCAAGUUGCUGGACAGAGAAAGAGGUUUGGUUUCUUGAUGAAGCAAACAUUCUUCUUCAACAAUCUGAACUCAUGUCGAAGGCUAAAACGGAAAAUAAAGAAAAUUCAAAGCAACAUUUUGUCAUCUCCUGAAGAUGCUAGUAUCAGUAGUGUCUGCACUUUAUCCCUGCGAUCUCUGAGCAAUUAUGAUGAAGGUGAUAAUGAUGAUGAAGAUGAUGAUGGAGAGGAUUUCAGUCACGGGGGAAAUGAGCUGCCACAAAAGAGUUCAUCAGCAGUUUGGCCGCUUUCAGAAAUCCCGACCACCCCAAGGAGUCCUAAACGGGCUUUAGCACGAUCAUUCAGCACAAUCCCGCAUCAUCAGGAGCAUAUGCAACAACGGAAGAAACUAACAUUCAGCUACUCUUACAAGGAAAACGAGAUGAGCAUAGUAGGUUUCAACAUUCAGUACCCGAAACAGGUAUCUAGCUUCUGUUACCAAGAGGAAGAACUGGGUGUUUACGGGCUGAGUGAUGAUAUCAAAAGCCUGGUGAGAAGGCUGACACAUCAAACCGAUAUGCUCGUCCCGAUUGUUGGUGAAGAAGGUUCUGGGAAGACCACACUUGCUCGCGCAGUUUAUAAGAACAGAAAGGUCAAGGACCACUUUGAAUUCCAUGACUGGAUGUCUGUGACAGAGGAGUAUACAGCAGACCGCAUCUUGUCCGGAUUGAAAAAAAUUACCGAAACGGUGAAGGGUAGGAGGUACCUGAUUGUAGUUGAUGGUGUCGGGAGCUAUGGUGUUAUUCAUGAACUAAAAGACAAAUUACCAGAUGAGAAAAAAGGAAGUAAAGUAAUCUUUACGUCUCGAAGAAUUUCAGAGAUGAAGAAACUUAAUCCGCAUGUUAUGAACGGAUUAAAUGAAGACGAAAGCUGGAAGAUGUUUCUGAACAAGGCUGGAAAGGAAAAGGAAGCUGAUCAAAUAGGGAAGUUGAAACAUAAAAUCUUGAGUAUAUGCAAUGGUCUGCCUCAAAACAUCAUUCUAAUGGCGGGGCUGCUCUCGAAUAAUAGAAUACAAAGGUGGUCAGCAGUGAUUGGUGAUGGUCAAUGUCCUGAUGACGUUCUGAGCAUAUGUUAUAACAACCUGAGAAGGCGCUCGAAGCUUCGCCUCUUAUACCUGGCUCUUUUCCCCAAAGAUUACGACAUUCCGGUACGGCGGUUGCUCCGGCUAUGGCUAGCUGAGGGUUUUGUGAAGAGAAAACUUGAAGAUCGGUUUCCCGAGGGUGAGGUACAAAAGUGUUUCGAAAAAUUGGUGGGUCGUAACAUGAUUCAGAUAACCAAGUUAAGAUCCGACAACAGCCCGAGACGAUGCCGUUUAGUUUCGCUUUUCCAUGACUAUUUGUUGCCUAAAGCCCAAGAGAUCAGUCUAUUCUACAUCCAGCGGAACUCAGAGAACUUUGAGGAUGCAGCAGGCCCAUUUGGUGUACGACGCAUGGUUCAACACACAAGCAACACAGGAGUGGUUGCUCAUCAGCAGACACAGGGUCAGGUUCCGGUUGAUCCAUCUAUUUUGAGGUCAUAUGUGUCGUUUAACUUCCAACCAAGAGACAUGCCGGAAAGACAAAUGGGAAUGGUUUUGGGUAGAGUUAUUAGAAGCGAUUUUGCGUUGUUGAGGGUGCUUGAUCUUGAAGGGGUGUGCCAAACGACUCUGCCCGAUAAACUCGGUCACUUGCGUCAUUUGAGAUACCUAGGACUGAGAUGGACUUUCUUGGAGAAUCUCCCCGAAUCUGUGGGAGAUUUAUCUUAUCUAGAAACCUUAGAUGUAAAGCACACUCGUGUUGAUAGUCUUCCAGACUCCAUUUGGAGGCUUAAACGCCUCCGUCAUCUCAAUCUCAACAACAUCCGGCUAUCGAUGCCACCUAAAAGUUCUUCAAGUCUAGUAACCCUAUGGGGACUGGUUUUAGAUGAAAAGAUAUCUAUUAAUGAAGGUCUGGGGAAGUUGCGUAACCUUCGAGAGCUAGGUAUUAAGUUCAGUUUAGAGAAAAGUCAAAAUCUCUUGUUUGACUGGAUUGUGCAGUUGGUCAACCUUCAGUCUUUGAGGUUGACUUCCGUCAACGGCAUGGGUCAGCCUUCGAAUCUAGCUUUGAAGCCGCUAACAAGUUUAAAGAACCUUUCUCAUCUUAAUCUUUACGGUCAAUUAGAAAAACUACCUGCUGUUGACGAAUUCCCGCCAACUGUUAAGGUUCUCACAUUGUCCAUCUCUAGGUUAGAUAAGGAUCCAAUGGAAACACUGGAACAACUGCCUUGUCUGAUCGUGUUGAGGCUGCUGGGGGAGUCGUUCACGGGAACAAGAAUGGUUUGCGGUCGAAGGGGGUUCAAGAAACUCGAGGUGUUGAAGCUGUGGGUGUUGAAGGAUUUGGAAGAGUGGGAUGUGGAGGAAGAAGCAAUGGAGAGGCUUAAAGAAGUAGAAAUUAGAAGCUGUCAAAAGUUAAGCAACAUCUCAUGUAGAAUCCUGCAGAAACAGAGGUGCUUGGAGGAAUUAGUACUAACAGACAUGCCUGAUGAGUUUGUGGCUGGAAUCAAGAAAAGAAAAUCCAAGUACACAUCUCUCACAAUCAAAUCAAGUAAUUAAUCCUUGGAAAUCCACCUAGGAUGUUGUUAUUUCUCAUAUUUUUUUAGAUAUGUUCAACUGUUAUUAAUUACUAUGUAUGCUUGGAUAAUAAUAUUUACUUGUUUAUUUAAUUUUAACCCAUGGACCAGGUGGCAUAAUUCUAAGGUUUUACACA